UCCGCCCCUGCCCUGGUUACCGGCCCACGGGGGGAGCCCGGGAAGGGGGUCCCGGCCCUUGUUGCGUGGCGGGGAUCGGUGUGUGACGCCCCUAACUCGCCCCUCUCCCCCCCUCAGGCGGACACUGGCUCGGCGGGGUCCCGCCUACUUUCCCCCUCCCUGUACUGUAGGGGCGGCUCCCACCGAGACCGCGGGGAUGGGCGCCCGAAGCCUCCUUGUGAAACCUGCCCCUGGACACUGAUCCUCGCGCCCCGGCCGUCGAGCUUCAGCGGCUUGGCCCCUCGCGGGGAGAGCGAGCCCGUGCUAGCAGCAUGGACCAAAGCCUGGUGGGUCACCCGGUGACCCUCAUCAUCAAAGCGCCCAACCAGAAAUACACCGACCAGACUAUCAACUGCUUCCUGGACUGGACCGUGGGCAAGCUGAAAACUCACCUUUCCAGUGUCUACCCCAGCAAGCCGUCUACAAAGGAUCAGAGACUGGUGUAUUCUGGCAGACUGCUUCCUGAUCAUCUGCAGCUGAAAGAUAUUCUCAGAAAACAAGAUGAAUAUCAUAUGGUUCAUCUAGUGUGUACUUCACGGACCCCCCCAAGUUCUCCAAAACCAAGCAUCAGUUCCAUGUGUCAUGGAGCAUCGACAUCUGGCAGCAGCUCAAAUUCAGAACAUUCUGGAUCAACAACUCCAUCACCCACAAGCCAAGAAUCUUCAUCUACAUCUAUAAACUCUAUCUCAGAUGGAGUGAGGCAUCGUAACCUUCCACAAGCACAAAGCAAUCCUGUGCAAAGCCACCAGUUCCCAUAUUUAAUGCAAGGCAACAUAGACAACCAGUUUCCAGGUCAAGGUGUUUCUACUGGAUUUCCAAUGUACCCUGCAUUCAGCCCAUUACAGAUGAUAUGGUGGCAACAAAUGUAUGCGCGUCAGUACUACAUGCAAUAUCAAGCUGCAGUUUCAGCCCAGGCAACAUCCAGCACUGAGCCAGUCAUAUCAGCUGUCGCGCAGCCUGUAAAUUCAGAGCAUGUUCCUGCAAAUGAGCCCCCAGCAGUGCCAAACGUAGCAGCACAGGAGAACAGGCCUGUAAACCAGAAUGUUCAAAUGAAUGCACAAGGAGGUCCAGUAGUGAAUGAGGAGGACUUCAAUCGAGACUGGUUGGACUGGAUGUACACAUUCUCUAGAGCAGCUAUUCUCCUCAGCAUUGUAUACUUCUAUUCUUCCUUCAGUCGGUUUGUCAUGGUGAUGGGAGCCAUGCUACUGGUUUAUUUACACCAAGCUGGAUGGUUCCCCUUUAGGCAAGAGGGAGGCCAGCAACAGGCAGCCAAUAACAAUGCAGAAGUGAACCGUGAUGGACAAAAUGUAAAUAACCCUGACCUUGAGGAGAUGGAGCGUCUUAUGGAUGAUGGAAUUGAUGAAGAGAGUGGAGAAGAUGCUGGUGAAGAUGGCAGUACAGAGCAGAAUCCUGGAUUCAUGGCUUCAGCUUGGUCCUUCAUCACCACCUUCUUCACAUCGCUCAUUCCUGAAGGACCUCCACAGGUUGGCAAUUAGGCUCAAGAGGAACUGUGCCAGGCAGCAUAAGAAGCUGUACAUAGAAGAGGUUGCUGAAUCUAGGGGGUAUUUUAAAUACAGUGCAAUUUGAAAAGAUUUAUAAUAACUUUUUGAUCAUGGUGUACAAAAAAUGUGUAUUUUUCCCUUUUGGCUUUCUCAUGCAUAUGAAUAUUUUAAGCACAAGUGGACUACUAAAUUUUUUUUCAAGUUCUUCUUUUUUCUAAAGAAGAAUUAAAUGUAAAGAUACCGGUCUUCCAUGUUUUAUUUUAAUUUUAGUUGUACAUUACACUGAGACAAGAAGUUUGUAGGUUGUGUGCACGAUUAUUCCUUUGAAGGGCUGUUAAAAGUAUAAAUGUCAACAAAAACCUUUUAAAAAUGAGAUUUAUCCUCCUGGGGAAAGUACUAAGCCUCUCAUGUAAGAAGCUAGAAAGUUUAAAAAUCUUGAGGCUAUAUAGCCAGUUUCAAUAAAUUUUGGGGUGAUUUCUUCUUUUGGACAGCUCUUCAAAGAAAAUUAACAGUGAUAAAGUACAUCAUCAAUGUUUGAUACAUACAGUACUUUUUUAAAAAAAGAUGUACUGGAAAAUAGACACAUGUAAUUAGUUUUUUAAUAAAAACCAAGUUACAGUAACCCUUAUGGAUGCAUGUUCCUAUAAAUACAACCUUUUAAGUGCAAAAACCCUACAUGUACACAUCAAGGAUGAGAACACAUGAAUCACAAAACUGAAAUUAUAUGGUUACAACAGCCAUAUUGCACAUAAUGAAUAAAGGUAUAUAUUUAUAA